UUUUAUAGUAAAUGGACUGGUCCACACUAGACCACCACGGAAAAUGGCGACUGUGAAAUGGAUGGAAGACGAAAGUAAGAAAUAAUUCAAUGCAGCGUAUAAAGAGCGCCCCGAUCAACGACGUCCGGAGGUCAAGGUCACAGAAAUGUCAUGCCUGGCAGCUUGUGAUGAAGAUGACAAAGAUACAGAUCCCGAGAUGAAUGCCCUCACACUCCUUCAAGAACCAGUGAGAAUGACACAAGCGGCCUUAUCUUACAUAGACUCUUUUGGCAAGCCUGCUCUUGCCAAACAAAACGGCGUUCUUGAUGUUUUGUCAAACGCUGAAAUGUUGUCCCCAGUUGGCUUGGGAAACGGACCAUCCUCGCAUAGGGCUACACAGGCACAUGAUCUCAACAGCUUGUGCACAGAGGAGGAGGAGAAAAGCAUCACACCCUUGAAAACAGUACAGGAAAUUGAUACUGCAGGAAUAUGGGGAUUCGACGUUGAUUCACCUGAGGACUCAUUGGAUGACUUCAGCAGUGCCCGUGAUCUUCAGUGGGACCCUCACAAAGAGUUCAUGCAGUUCUUGUGGGAUGACCAUGACGAAUCCCCAGGGGAGGAGAUGCAAAAGGAAGUUAUGGUUUCUAGAACUCAAAAGAGGAGGAAACGUAAGAUGGAUAUGGUAGUUAUGGUAGAUCCCUCAGAAGAUCUUUACCCUAAUCUAGGCCAUAAAUCAUCUGAAGACUCGCAUGAUGGAGAAGACCAAGCACACUCUGUCCCCAUGAGCAAGGUACAAAACCUGAGGAUGCAUUCCAAAUCUUCAUCAACUGAGAACAAAGAGUAUCCAAAUGGAACUGUUAAGGCCAUCAAGCAAAUUUUAUACAAUGCGCCAACAUUAAACUCUUUUGAUAAUAAUAUAGGUCACAGGCUUUCACCCUUGAAGGGAAGACUUCCAGUCAAUUCUCCCUCGGAGCCUAAGCCAUCAUCCUACCCAUGUUCGAAAUGUCACCUCGUGUUCAGAAAAGAGAUCAGUUUGCAACAGCACUUGGAAUUGCAUUCAGAUCUUUCCUUUAUGUCGCCUAGUCCUUUUAUAUGCCAAGAAUGUGGACAUAUUUUCAGAGAGAGCAGCUCCCUUUUAGAGCAUAUGGCUGUUCACACGAAGAGAAGAAAACGACAAGUUGAUGAAAUCAACGUUAUGUCUGAUACAAAUAAGGCUGGAAACAAUGCACUUUGUUGCCCUCAAUGCCCAUUUCAAACAAACUGCCAGAAUACUUUUGUUAAACAUGCCCUGACACACAGUAAGAGCAAGCGUUGUUUUAAAUGUGAAAAAUGUAAAUUCCACGCAGUGUCUGAGAGAGGGCUUCGGAGACAUAAUACUUCGCAGCACAAGGAUAGCGGCAGGGAUGAGGCCGGUGUUUUCUCUUGCACAAUUUGUUCAUACCGAGUUUUCAGUAAAAAUGUUUUUAGAAAUCAUCUUCAGUGUCGUCAUAAACUGACGAUCGAGAAAUACGAGUCAAUACACAGCUUACAUGAGAUUGAGACAAAUGCACAGCUACCUGUUGAGAAGCAAGACUCUUGUAAAAUGGAACAUUCUGCAACAAAAUCUAAAAUAUUCGUCCCCUCAAAAAAAGCGAAUUCGAUAAGUAACGUUUCCAAUUUAUUCAAGCAUGAAAAGAUGACAAGGAGAUUUCUCAAGUCUCAAGAAACCCAGUCCAAGCUGGACAAAUCGAUCGACGUUCUCCUUUCUCGACAAAGACAUGACAAAGAGACUGAAGCAAAACGGAAAAAAGAAAGUGACAAUGUCAUUACAUCUAAACACUCGUCUAACAACGAUGAUAAUGAUUUGCAAGAUCAUUUGCAAGGAAUGCAUGCAACUAAGCUUCCAGAAACCAGGUCAUCCUCAAAUGGUGAAAAGCAAACUUGUGUUUCUAAGCCUGAUGCAAAUCCUUGUGAGUACAGUGUCACAGAGGAAGGCAUUGAAAGCAACAGAAUACCUAAGUCAACUUCAGAUCAGGCCAUUAAAAAGACGCCUUCGAAAAGAAAAAUGUCAACACCUUUUCGAAACACCACAGAACAGGAUUCAUGCUUUAUUUUACCCAAACAUUUGCCAAGUCCAAAGAUGUUAAACCGUUCAGAAGAGAUCACAAACUGUGAAGAGAAGGACAUUUUUAAAUUCAAAGAAACUCUUGCCAACACUAACCUUUUCGAUGACGAUGAUGUCAAGCAGGAAGAAAAGCACAUUUAUACAUAUAGUAGGAGAAUGUCAAUGAGAGGGGUUCUGCAGGCAUCUAAGAAGUUGUUUGAUAAGAUAACGACUGACGGGAAUGAUGAUGAAGUAAAGACUGAUAUCAAGGAAGAGUGCAUAGAAACGGAGGUCUUUGGAGACAGCAUUGAGUCUCACUCGAUGACAAUGGAAGGAUCCUACACGGACGAUUCGUCAGAUUUGGAGCCGAAAUCCUGUCCGUACUGCCCUGAAGUCUUUGAGUCUGGUGUUGGGUUAUCCAAUCAUGUGAGAGGCCACCUUCAUCGGGUUGGAUUGAAUUACAACGAGAGGCAUGUAGUUCCUGCUGAACAUGUGGCUUCUCGAGACAAGAAGCCACGCAUGAGGCGCAGGAUUUCUCCCAUUCCACAAUUGGAAGAAGCAGUACUGUUGGAACCCCCUGCAGACCCUCUAGAAAACUCUGAUGACCUGGAGAUGAUCCAUUCCUGUCCACUAUGUGGGGACAAGUUUGAUAACCGGACUGGACAGUCCAACCACAUCCGAGGCCACUUGAAACAGCUUGGUAGACCAAUCAAAUCAAAGAACAAGACCCCAUUAUGCUUACUUCGAGAACUGAUGCGGGACAAGAAAGAGGUCAAUAGGGCUAUUCAAAUACUCAAUAAGAAACGAAAUAAAUUCUCGUUUCGUAAGUCGUCAAAGCUAGCCAGGUCUCAUUCUCUAACUGGACUCUUUAAAAAUAAUUAUAUUCCAACCAUCUCCAAUGAUGCCGAAUCACACUUCUCCAAACCCCAGUUUUCUUUGUUGGGAGUUGCAUCUGAAAAGAAGCAGCUUGAGACCAAGUUGGAGGUUAAAGGAUCUCUUUCGAGUGCGAGUGCCUUGAUAGGGAUUCUGAAGAAGAGAAAGUGCCAAGAAGAUCCAAGAAUAAAGGCUUCUUCUCAAAUUUCAAAAUCCACGUUAUCAGUUUGUUCAGAUACUGAACAUGGUGCUGGAUCAAGACUUGACGCUUCAUUACUAAACUCGAUAGCAGAGAAAGGCGAGUUCAACCGAAAGGUUUGUAUGCACUGCAAUGCAUCUUUCCACAGUGGAGUUAGCUUGUCUAAUCAUUUGCGGGCGUAUGCAAAGCGAAAAAGGAAUGCCUCACUUGAUGGAGCAAUGAUUGACUGCAAAGGAAGAAGACCUCGGUCAAGGCCUGGCUCAAAGAAGAAGACACUGCCCUUACCACAGACUCCAGAAGAAAUGUACCGACUCACAUGCCGGUUUUGUGACCUCGUCUUCCAGGGUCCCUUGUCGGUGCAGGAGGACUGGAUCAAACACUUACAGAGACACAUUAUGAACACUGGUGUUCCCAACACCGGACUGGGCAUGGUGGAGGUGUCCAUGCAGCCCCGGGACCCCUCCAGCCCCAGGCCGGACCAGGACGGCCCCUCCACAGGCCCCCAUCAUGCUGCUUCGUGAAGCCCGUGAGGAGUACUUCAUGGGAAGUCCAUUGACUAUGUGUUUUGUACAUGGAUGUUCUUUCACUUUUACUUUCAUCAAGUCAUCUGUAUGGCCAAAAUGUACAACAUUGCUUAAAGGGGACCUAUUACGCUUUUUUGACUUUUAUGACCUAUAAACGUUGUUGUAAUGAUUGAUAGUCACGUUUAACCAUAAUAAAUUGUCAAAUAAUGACGUACAUGCAUUUCGACGUAUUCCCUGCUGACAGUCUGGGGUGGCUGUGCAGAGCGCUAAACACUCGGGACAACGUUUGCGAUUCACUUGUUCACAUUUCCGGGAAAUCAUCUACGUAGAGGCACUCCUGCCGCGCCCCCAUAUGCCUGGUCAAAUCUGAGGGGGCGGAGAAGGACGAAACCGAGCGUUGACAGAGAAUGCUGAAAGCACCCAGAUGAGAGGAAGAGUUUCCCGAAAAUCUACAUCGUUUUUUGUGUAUGGUUAAACAUGACUAUCAAUCAUUAUAACAACGUUUAUAGGUCAUAAAAGUCAAAAAAGCAUAAUAGGUCCCCUUUAACAGAUUUUACACGUUGAAUAUAUUAUCAUGGACUUUCAUUUUAGAAAUUAUUUCCAAUAAUAGACCUAACAGAAAAUUGGAACACAAUUCCAAAAAAAAAGUUUUUAUGCAGUAAUGUAGUGUGGAACCCAUUUCUAAUGAAGACAACUUUUACCUCAAAGAUUUCUAAUGAUUUAAACAUCACUUAUGUCCAGUUUGGGAACACCUUCUUUAUCAUUAUUCACAUUUAAAUACACACAGGUCUAUGUAACGGACAGUCUCUUUUGUAUUGUGUCAUAUUUCCAAACAUUCAGCCAGUGCUAACGGGCAGUUAUUGAUUGAAAUACUUAAAAGCAAUUGCACAUUUAAAAAAUAUCACUGUUUUCAAAACUAAAAUGUGAGGAAAUGUUUGGAAAAGCAGCAAGUGUGUAUGGCAACUCCUGUUAUAGAAUAGGGUUUAUAGUAUUACAAUCACUGCAUUGAUUUCUAAAACAAAAAAAAUUAUGAAGAUAUGAACAGACAACCAGAGAGCAGAUAUUUGCUGCCCUUCGUAACUGUCAACCUAUAUUUAAUGUUUUAGACAACUGUUGGAAAAUAAAUGCUGUUUUUAAAUAAUUUAAUUUUAAAUGUACUAUAUAUAUCACAGAUACAAUGCUUUCAACUUUUUGUGAUGUUAUAAAUAAAAAGUUGAGCAAUUA